UGAAGAAGAUAUGAAAGCUUUGUCUUCUUUAACUCAAAAUAAAUAUGCUUGGGAUCCAUCUAAUGUGUGCUAACCAAUGAAGAAGUAAUUUAUUACAUGUAAAUAUACAAUUGCCUUAUUAAUUGAUACUUACUUUUAUGUUAUUGGUAGUAUGACAGAUUUUGCAGAACAGGUUGCAAUGCUUUGUAUAGAAAAAUAUACAAAGCUUGGUAAAAAUGGAAAACCAUCAGAAAAAGAAUGGACUGUACUGUCCGGUAUAGUCUUGAAAAGACAAAAUGAUUCGUUAUCAUUAGUAGCCCUCGCAACUGGAACAAAGUGUUUAGGGGAAAUGGACUUAAUAAACACGGAAUUGUAUGAAGAAGGUUUUAGAUUAAAUGAUUCUCAUGCUGAAGUUUUAGCUAGACGUGCCUUUUUAAGAUACUUAUAUGAACAAAUUGAUUUAUUGUUAAAUGGUGCUAAAAGUGAUGUCUUUACUCUAGAUGAGAAUAAAAAAAUUACUCUAAAUGAUGGAAUAUCAUUCCACUUUUUUACAAGUCAAACUCCUUGUGGAGAUUGUUCUAUAUUUCUGAAAGAAGAAUUUUAUGAAAAUGAUAUACCACCCAACAAAAUUAGGAAACAUGAUUUUAGUGAUGCCGGAGAUAUAGUUAUAGACUCAACUAAUAAUGAACAAAAAAAACAAAACGUUAGGGACAUAUAUCGCACCGGUGCAAAAUGCGUUAAAACUGAACAAUACCAAGAUCCUCAUCUAGCUGGAAUAAAUUAUCACGUGGUGGGACCACUGCGUACUAAACCAGGAAGGGGUAAUCCUACUCUUAGCUUGUCUUGUUCGGAUAAAAUAGCAAAAUGGAAUAUACUUGGAUUACAGGGUGCACUUUUAUCCAUAUUAAUACCACCAAUAAGAAUAGAAACCAUCAUAGUUGGAGGAGGAUGUCCUUUAUCUUUAGAAGCAAUGGAACGUGGAUUAUACAAACGGUUUAAUAAAAACACGUACAAGUUAAAAAUUAUGCAAACUCAAAUAUCUUUUAAACAACAAAAAUGUCAUGAAAGAAAACAACCUUGUCCAUCAAGUAUUAUUUGGUGUGCUGUGAAACAUCGAAACACAGAGGUUGCGGUUGAAGGUAGAAAGCAAGGAACUACUAAGAGAAAAAAAGGUAGUUAUCUACUUACAACGAGACGAGCACUUUUUGAAACAUUUUUGAAGAUUUGUGACAAGUAUCAAAAUCCUGAUUCUAAUAUUCGACAUCCAAAAAAGAUUACUUAUUUAGAUUGUAAAAAAUGGUCCAAAAAUUACCAAACUUUGUGGAAUACAUUAAAAAUGGAAUGUUUUCAUGGGUGGACCAACAAACCAAUUAACUUACAAAAAUUUGUAUUAUAAUUUUUUAAAUAUUUCUAGCGUGUUUCUUGUGAGUUUGUUUAAAAAUAAAAUGCACAUUUUUUUAUUAUUGUACAGUAUAAAAUUAAUAGAUAU